AUGACGUCAUCGGACACUGAAUACCUAUCAGCAGCGGUGAACAAUUUGAUCAUUGAAUUAUCGUUGGACGUACUGACAUUCUCUGCUGUUGUAUCACUGCCUGAAUUGUCCUGUAUCCCUGCCAAGGCUCAGAUAGAUGACUGUGAUGAAACUCCUUAUCGUUCAAUUUGUCAAGUGUGCUUCGAUACCGAGAUGAACUUUACUGCCCUGCCUCUAUCUCCUAUGGAAUUCGAUCAGGGUACCUUGGAUACAUUAACCAAUAUAACGUCCUGUCUAUACAUGCCUUCAUUCGGAAACCUUUCAAUGGUAGAACUGUUGAUUGAUGUUCCUGCAGGAUGGAGCUGUGAGUCCCAUGAUUCCUGGACAUUUUCAGAUUACAACAAAACCUCCGUGCAACCGUUCCGAGUUAACUUUACUAGAGAAAGGGAGGAAUAUAUUCUGAGUGUUUUCAGCAUAGGUGACAUUUGUGCAAACAGUACCAGACUUGUAUGUGACAAAUAUGUCAGUUUAGAGGCUAGCAAGUUUGAGUUUGUGACAAACCACUCAAAAGUAUCGCUCCAUAUCACUGGUAUGGACAAUGUCCUUUUACAUGAUCAGUUUCAGAUAAAUCCAGAUGGCUCCGCUGUUUAUUGCCUAGAAGAAGCUGUAUCUGAAGGCCGUAACUUACCUGCUGGUCUAGACAUCAUGAACAUAGUAGGAACUGUCCUGUCAAUUAUGUCACUACUAAUCGUCAUAACUACAUACUUAAUUUUUCCUAAGCUUCGUAAUGUGGCUGGGAAAUCAGUUCUAACUCUAUCUGUUACUCUCCUAUUAACAUUUCUAUUGAUUUUCGUGGGUGGAGUGAGUACCCGACAUGAUGGCCUAUGUAAAGCAUUGGCAGUCAUAACUCAUUUCUUCUGGCUCUCCAUUUUUUUCUGGAUGAAUGCCCUUGCCAUAGAUCUGAAUCGGACCUUUGGCUCCCAUGCUAAAUUUCGUGUCGGCAACAAAUCUCAAAUUGUCUACAUCUGGUACUCCUUGUAUGCUUGGGGCAUACCAGCAUUGAUCGUAGGUGCUUGUCUGGUUAUUGACCUGUGCGACUGCACCAAUCUGCACUUGAACUACGGCAAUGAUGGGCUAUGCUGGUUGUCUAGCGGGAAUGUGAAUCUGUUUGCCUUUGGUGUACCUCUUGCAGCACUUCUGUUCCUGAACGCGAUCCUGUUCACAGACACAGUGGUCGGGAUUAGACUUACCAAAAAGGCCGCAGAGAAAGCAUUAAAGGAGCGACCAGCCCUGGCCAAAGCUAAAGAAGAGUUGUCUCUUUAUAUCAAGUUGUCUGGUGUCAUGGGUUUUACAUGGAUUUUGGCUUUCGUCUGUGAAUAUGCCAACAUCCCAGAGCUUUGGUAUGUCUUCACUGCUAUCAAUUCCUUGCAAGGAGUCUUCAUUCUUCUCGCUUUUGGCUUCAACAAGCGUAUUAUCGCUAUGUGGAAGGGCAAACUGGGAGUCAGGCGUGAUGAUGUCACCUCCAGCACUGCUGAUACAAAGAGCACCAGUACCGGCAAUACCAUGGUUGAGAAGUAAAACAUGGAUCCUGCAGCAAGUCAAAUCAAAUGUUAAAGAUGUAAAGCUCCGCUACCGCUGUUAUGGUCUCUAACAUUGUUUCUGUGCUAUAUGACUAUCAAUACAUAUUAACAUAACCUUUCCUAAAUUGAUCCUGCUUGUUUCUUUUUUUCAUCAUGGGUAACAUGAAAUCAAGCUCAAACAAUAAUAUUACGUCUUUGAAGUCGAUGAGAGGCCCGCCCACUAUCUAGUAGAUCUGUAAAAGACGUGCUAAACUUAGAAAGGGUUUACCAACAGGUUUCAUAUUCUGUGUGUGUGAUCAUAUAAGUGAGAGAGUAGUCUUAAAGUUACUAUGUCCCAUUUACAGGCCAAAAAAUGAAAAAGUUAAAUUCCAACUACAUUUGAAAGAUAAUACUUAUUUAGAACUUCCCUAA